AAUAAAGGGAUAUCAUGGAUUAAAAAAUUCGCUUGCCCGAACUGGUUUAAUAAACACGUGUUAUCUACAAAUAAUAAAUCUACACCGGUUUGCGAUAUCGAAUAUGUUAAGGAUCCAGGAUUUUGUACCAUAUCAUUCAUUUGACCUGCAAAUUAAAGAUAGGUUAGGUUAACAUUGUUCUGUAACUAUGGUAUUUUUACUUAUUACUUAUUAGUUAUUAAUUAAUUAGUUCUUAACGUUAAGUGUAUUUAGUAUAUUUUUUAUAUUGUCAAAGCGUGUAUCUUUACUGCCAUUUUUUAAAUUUUAAAUUUAGUGUUUAUUAUAUUAUUAUUUAUAUAAGUAAUACAUUAGUUGAAGAUUAAUCUGUGUCAGCGGUCAGUGGCUGAUGCUUACAAAAUACAAAUUCUCAAAAGCGAAAGUUUUCCUCAUUUAUUAAUAAAUAAGUUUGCUUUGAUGAUUGAGUAAUUUAUUUAUUACUCUGAUAUAAAAAUCAAGAUGAUGGGAACACUUGAGAUGGAAUCAGAAAUAGUUACAACUACUAAAAAGGGUAUUGAAAUCUUGCUAACUGAAUCAAAAAAGGUAGAAAACAAUUCAAAUAAUGUUGAAAUUGAUUCCGUGAUGAAAGAUGAUGUUGCCGUUGCUAUCGAAUCCUUAUCUAUCGUUGAUACUAUACCAGAAUAUCUCUAUGAUAAUGAUUCAAGCUCUUCAGAUGAUAUUAUACAUGAGACUAAAAAUGAAGUGAGCUCCAUUGGAAAAAAUCAAAUAGUAACUGCUACAAUUAAAGAUCCGAAAACAAUUAUGAGUCAAAUUAAAAAUCUUGAAUGUUUAUUUACAUGGUAUAUAAAACCAAAUAAUGAGAACAAUUUAAUUUUAUUGAUACAGAAUAAAUAUGGAGAAUACAACUUAAAUAUACAAUCAUCUGAGUUUACAUUAGAAAGGUAUAUAGGGAAUUUAAUUAUUUCUUAUGAAUUGUUUCAUAAGAAUGAACCCGAAUUAGCUCAAUUCAAAUUGUUGGCAAUUCAAGAUUGGCUUGAAAAUUUAGAUAAAGGAACUGAUGAGUUUUAUUUGUCUAUUAAUACCGGUCUUCAUCAUGUUGUGAAAGCUACAUUCAUUCAUAUGUUAUAUAUUACAAAUCUUACUGAAGAAUGUAAAUGGAUAUUGAAUGAUGUUGUAUUAUAUUCCCAUUUGAAUAUUAAAUCAAAAGCAACAAUUAAUGCAAUACGCGGGGCUAUAUUAACCGAGUAUGGUGCAAACAAUAUGAUCUAUUUAAAAAGAGCAUGCAGUAAUGCUAAGAGAGCAUGUGAAUUAGAUCCUACAACGUCUCAUUGGUUUUACAUUUAUUCACUUGCAUUGACAGCUAUCAGACAAUUCUUUCAUAAAUCAACUCCAAACAUAUGUGAAAUAAAUGCAAUUAAUCAAGCAUGUAUGUUGUCAAAUGGAAAAAAUGCUCUUUUCAAUUACCAACAAUUAAGUCUAUGUAGAUAUGAUACAGUUAGAAAUUAUAAUCGUGAUAAUAAUAAAAAUCAACAACAUGAAAAAUGUGUUUCUGUUGUUAAGUAA